ACUAACAAUAACACAUUACCAUCAUCAUUACCAAGGAAUAUCGAGAUGGAAGUAUUAAAAGCAGUAGAUAUCGUUAUAGGAGUAGAUGAAGCAGGUAGAGGACCAUUAUGUGGACCAGUAGUAGCUGCUGCUGUAUAUAUUAAUCAAGAUACUUAUAUACCAUAUGGGAUAUGUGAUUCCAAGACCAUUUCUAAUGAAGAGUAUCGUGAUAUGAUGUAUGAGCAACUUACUAAUAAUAAGGGUGUAAAAUGGAGUGUUGGAAUAGUAGACAAUAAAGUUAUUGAUACUAUUAAUAUAUUACAAGCUACAUUUACUGCAAAGACUGAAGCAGUAUUGAAGUUAACAAAGGAUGGAGAAGGUAGGAAAAGUAAAUAUCAUGUAUUAAUAGAUGGCAAUAGAGUACCCCCUCAACUACUGAAUAAUAAUAAUAUUAAUCUUCAAUGUACACCUAUAGUUAAAGGUGAUUCAAAGGAGUAUAUUAUAGCAGCUGCAUCGAUAAUAGCUAAAGUAACUAGAGAUAGGAUAAUGCAUCAUAUACAUAACAACAUACCCCAAUACAAUGUAUCACAGCAUAAAGGAUAUCCUACAACUGCACAUAUAGCUCUCUUAAAACGUCUAGGGCCUAGUAAAUACCAUAGAUUGACUUUUGCCCCAUUGAAGGGUAAUUGGAAAUGGGACGACGAUGGUAAUGGUGAGCCGCAGCCUAAGAGUCUUAUCAAGAGUGCUAACGUAAAGAGUAAAAAUGGAAGGAUGGCUAUUCAUGAUCAUGAUCAUGAAGAUGAUGAUAAUGAUACUAUAUUGAAGUCAUAUGUUAUGGAUAAGAAGGUAAUUGAUGAUACUGAUAGAGUGUAUGAAUUACCUCUUAUCACUACUCUUAUUCCUUUAUCAUCAUCAUCAUCAUGUAGUAUUGUUGUUGUUGUUGUUGAUAUCACUAUGGCCUCCUUACCUAGCCUUGGUAAUCUAACAUCCACUGAUCAAGCUAUAGUUAAUAAAGAGAUGCAGGAUAUGCAGGUUAAUGAAUCGUUACAGACCUAUAAUGGUUUGGUAGAGCGUUGCUUCAAUGAAUGUAUACAGAACUUUAGAGCUAAGAAGUUGGAUUUCCAAGAGACUGAUUGUAUUAAACGAUGUGUUGGGAAGUAUAUGACGUAUUCUCAAAGAGUUGGUACAAGGUUUGCUGAGAAGAAUCAACAAUAUCGAUUCAUGCCGAUGCCGAUGGUAGUUGAAGAAUCAUUGCUUCUGAAGAAGAUCGAUACACGUUUGUUCAUAGCUGAUAAGAAUAAGCUAUGGCGUCCAAGAGCUGCAAGAGGUGUAUUUGGUGGUCAAGUUAUAGGACAAGCUUUAGUUGCUGCUACUCAUUCAGUUAAUACAUCAUCCUACUCUGCACAUUCACUGCAUUGUUAUUUUAUAUUACCUGGUGAUCCUAAGGCUGAUAUCAUAUACUAUGUUGAGGAUCUUAGAGAUGGUAAAUCAUUCGUAACAAGGAGUGUUGAAGGUAGACAGAAUGGUAGAGCUAUUUUCAAGAUGCUUAAAAUGAUCUUCGUCUAUCACCAUGGACUAGAGAGUAUUUUCGUCAAUACAGUAAAGAUUCAAUACCAGUCGAUCGUCGUCCAGUAUCAGACUUCAAUCGUGUUAGCAUGCAUGACAGAUUUCGAGCUCAUCUCAACAUCAUUACAACCAUUGGGUGGUAUAUACUGUAUUAACCUUGACAAGUUUACAAGCUUAGACCAUAGUCUAUAUUUCCAUCAGACUAAUGUAAGAGCUGAUGAUUGGAUGCUAUUUGAUAUGAGAUGUUUGAUAGCAACUCAUGCACGUGCUUUAUGUGUAUGCCAUAUAUUCUCACGUGAUGGUGAAUUAAUAUGUACAGCAAUGCAGGAAGGGUUAGUGAGGCUAGAAAGAGGAGGAGGAGGGCAAGCGGCAGCAGCAGCAGCAGGAGAAUAA